ACUUCAAAGAAUCGUGAUUUCUGUCCACUAUAAGAUGCAGCAUUCAGUCGGGAUGAAGUCCAGUUACAGUUAAACCCUGAAGAUGAAUACAAUUGCUAUUAUCUUAGCUUUGGUGGGAUUAUCCAGUUGCGCUCCAUGGAGCCAAGGCGAGAACAGGAACAUUUUUGUGAUGUCCGAAACGGAUAGAAACGAAAAUUCGCAGCAAGCCACGUACAUGGCCAUCCCCAUUUCCCAAGUGAACGAUGAUUCGAAAAUUUUGGCUGACCAUCAAGGGAAACCGUUGCUGGUGCAGCCUGCUAAUAAUUCCGAAGAGGAGAUGAUGACUGCAGAUAGUUUGGUGUACAGACCGCUCUUUGCGUAUAGGAAGCAAGUGGCCAAAAGGCAAAGGAUAAACAGUGGAGAUUACCCACACACGCCGACUUCUAGAAGAGUGUAUUACAUGCACGGAUAUUAUCCGCAAUACUACAGGAAACCCGCCAGAUAUCCGGUGAGGAAAUACAGGGAGGAAGAGGACGAGGACAGAUUUCCGGUUUUGAUAUAAACUUAAAAAAGGAAAGAAAAAAGAAAUCCCUUAUAGUUUUACAUUUAUUUUAACGACUUGCCAAGUGAAAACGAGCUUGCUACAUUA